AUGAAUCCACCUACAAAUGAGAACUUCCUGUGUCAAUGGUCAACAUUUACAUAUGACGUCUUUCUGAAUUUUAGAGGCGAGGAUACAAGCACCAAUUUUACAGAUCAUUUGGACAAGGCCUUGUCUGAUAAAGGCAUCUACACCUUCAUUGAUGGAGAGCUUACAAGAGGAGAUCAAAUAUCGCCUGCCCUUGUCAAAGCAAUUGAAGAAUCAAGAAUUUCUCUCAUUGUAUUCUCUGAAAACUAUGCAUCUUCGAGGUGGUGUUUGGAUGAACUUGUUGAAAUAUUUCGAUGUAAAGAAUCAAAGCAACAAAUAGUUUUACCCAUUUUUAACAAGGUGGAUCCAUCUCAUGUGCGAGACCAAACAAGUAAAUUUGGUGACGCAUUUAAAGGCCUUAUUGAAAGCAAAUUCAAAGAUAACGAGGAGAAGGUGCUCAUAUGGAGGGAAGCUCUUACAAAAGCAGCAAAUUUGUCCGGACAUCCUUUCAAGGAUGGACAGUAUGAAGCUACAUUUAUCAACAACAUUGUUGAUGGAAUCUUAAGCCAAGUACUGAGACGCACAUAUUGGAAUGUGGCCAAGCACCCAGUUGGAAUUCAGUCUCAUGUACAAGAUGUGAAAAAGCUUUUAGAUGUUGAUGGGAAUGGUCGUCGCAUGAUUGGGAUAUGGGGGACAUCUGGAAUAGGCAAGACAACAAUUGCAAAAGCUAUAUGGAAUGCAAUUGCCCAUGAGUUUGAAGGAACUUGUUUCUUGGAAAAUGUUAGGGAAAAUUCGCCACAUGGAGGCCUAAUCCAGCUACAGAAGACUCUUCUUCAUAAGUAUCUAGGCAAAAAGUUGAAAAUUUAGAGUGUUGAUGAAGGAAUCGGUGUUAUAAAAGAACAGCUGAGGGUAGUGAGUCAGUUGGACCAAUUAGACAACUUGGCUGGAGUUGGUUGGUUUGGUGAGGGUAGUAGAGUCAUCAUAACUAUUACAUUCUUUACAAUAACUACACAAGAUAGCGGAUUGCUAAAAUGCCAUGGAAUUGAGUUGAUAUACGGGGUCCAUAAGGUAUUUGACUACCAAGCUCUUGAACUUUUCAGUUCGAAUGCCUUCGGAACAAAUGAACCUCCAAAUGAUUAUUUGGAACUCGCACAACGUGCAAUAGCUUUUGCUGAUGGCCUUCCACUAGCUCUAACAAUUUUAGGUUCUCAUCUUCGUAAUAGAGAUAAAAAAAUUUGGCAAGCUAUAUUAGAUGGUUACAAAGGAGAACCUUAUACACAUAUUGAAAGAAUACUUCAAAAAAGUUAUGAUGCAUUGGACGAUGACGCAAAAGAAGUUUUUCUCGACAUUGCAUGUUUCUUCAACGGUGAAAAUAAGGACUAUGUGCUACGAAUAGUACCCAAAAAUUGCAUUGAAGGAACAAGAAAUAUUAAAGGCAUCAUGGUGAAGCUUCCAGAAGCUGAGAUAAUCUUGAAUCCAAAAUGCUUCAGUAAUAUGGUAAAUCUUCAAAUUUUCAUAAACCGUAAUGCAUCUCUAUGCAGGCACAUUAACUAUCUGCCCAGAGCGUUAAGAUUUAUUGAUUGGGGUAGAUGUCAGUUACAAUCUUUGCCACCCAAUUUUCAAGGAAAUCGUCUUGUUGAGUUCAAUAUGCCUUGCAGUCAUAUCAGACAAUUGGAGGGAUUUAAGCAUUUGCCAAACCUGACAUCUACGAAUUUGAGGGGUUGUCAAUUCUUAGAAAAAAUCCCAGACUUAUCUGGAAUCCCAAACAUAAAGUACUUGCAUCUAAGUGAGUGCACAAGUUUGGUUGAGGUUGAUGAUUCUGUUGGAUUCCUUGAUAAACUUGUUGAAUUGGAUCUUGAUGGAUGCGUUAACCUUGCGAGGUUUGGAACAAGACUUAGAUUGAAAUCCUUAGAAACACUUCGUCUAUGGGGAUGUGAAAGGCUUAAGAGUUUCCCAGAAAUAGAAGUCAAGAUGGAAUCACUAUGGGCAUUGUAUAUGCAAGGAAGUGGCAUAAGAGAAUUACCUCCAUCAAUUGCAUAUCUUAUUGGGCUUCGAGAAUUGUAUCUCGGUGGAUGCUUCAAUCUUACAACGUUUUCAACAACACUUCAAUUGAAAUCCUUAGAAAGACUUGAUCUAUGUGAUUGCAAAAGGCUUGAGAGUUUCCCAGAAAUAAAAGUCGAGAUGGAAUCACUACAGAUAUUGGAUAUGGAAGGAAGUGGCAUAAGAGAAUUGCCUCCAUCAAUUGCAUAUCUUACUGGGCUUCGAGAAUUGUAUCUUGGUGGAUGCUUCAAUCUUACAAGGUUUGCAACAACAUUUAGAUUGAAAUCCUUAGAAAGACUUUGCUAA